AUGCCACUCAUGUGCAGUGGAUCGUUGAUGCCGUUUGUGGAGUCCCCGAAGUACGCCCCCCAGAGGCGAGAGAGCAGCAGGACACUCCCCCUCCCCCCUCACCCCUUCCUUCGAGCCAACAGCGACAGCAGCAUGAACCUGCCCGAGUGGAUGGCCACGCCCAACGCCCCCACCUCCAACAUCGUGUCUGUGCAGCAACAGGGAUUCAGGAUCACCACGAGAGAGAACUACAAUCUGAACAGAACCUCUCACACCAAGAGAGAGAACUACAAUCUGAACAGAACCUCUCACACCAAGAGAGAGAACUACAAUCUGAACAGAACCUCUCACACCACGAGAGAGAACUACAAUCUGAACAGAACCUCUCACACCAAGAGAGAGAACUACAAUCUGAACAGAACCUCUCACACCAAGAGAGAGAACUACAAUCUGAACAGAACCUCUCACACCAAGAGAGAGAACUACAAUCUGAACAGAACCUCUCACACCAAGAGAGAGAACUACAAUCUGAACAGAACCUCUCACACCACGAGAGGGAACUACAAUCUGAACAGAACCUCUCACACCAAGAGAGAGAACUACAAUCUGAACAGAACCUCUCACACCACGAGAGGGAACUACAAUCUGAACAGAACCUCUCACACCACGAGAGGGAACUACAAUCUGAACAGAACCUCUCACACCACGAGAGGGAACUACAAUCUCAACAGAACCUCUCACACCACGAGAGGGAACUACAAUCUGAACAGAACCUCUCACACCAAGAGAGAGAACUACAAUCUGAACAGAACCUCUCACACCACGAGAGGGAACUACAAUCUGAACAGAACCUCUCACACCACGAGAGGGAAUUACAAUCUGAACAGAACCUCUCACACCACGAGAGGGAACUACAAUCUGAACAGAACCUCUCACACCAAGAGAGAGAACUACAAUCUGAACAGAACCUCUCACACCAAGAGAGAGAACUACAAUCUGAACAGAACCUCUCACACCAAGAGAGAGAACUACAAUCUGAACAGAACCUCUCACACCAAGAGAGAGAACUACAAUCUGAACAGAACCUCUCACACCAAGAGAGAGAACUACAAUCUGAACAGAACCUCUCACACCUCAGGCCUGUCCAACUGUGGUUAUGUAGUCCGUCUGACUCUGAUUUGGCUUCUACCAACCUUCUCUCACUUCCACUUCUCUCACUUCCUCUUCUCUCACUUCCUCUUCUCUUACUUCCACUUCUCUCACUUCCACUUCUCUCACUUCCUCUUCUCUCACUUUCACUUCUCUCACUUCCUCUUCUCUCACUUCCACUUCUAUCACUUCCACUUCUCUCACUUCCUCUUCUCUCACUUCCUCUUCUCUCACUUCCACUUCUCUCACUUCCUCUUCUCUCACUUCCUCUUCUCUCACUUCCACUUCUCUCACUUCCUCUUCUCUCACUUUCACUUCUCUCACUUCCUCUUCUCUCACUUCCACUUCUCUCACUUCCACUUCUCUCACUUCCUCUUCUCUCACUUCCACUUCUCUCACUUCCUCUUCUCUCACUCCCUCUUCUCUCACUUUCACUUCUCUCACUUCCUCUUCUCUCACUUCCUCUUCUCUUACUUCCUCUUCUCUCACUGGCUCUUCUCUUACUUCCACUUCUCUCACUUCCUCUUCUCUCACUUCCUUUUCUCUCACUUCUUUUCUCACUUUUAUUUCCUCUUCUCUCACUUCCUCUUCACUCACUUCCUCUUCUCUCACUUUCACUUCUCUCACUUCCUCUUCUCUCACUUCUCUCACUUUCACUUCUCUCACUUCCUCUUCUCUCACUUCUCUCACUUCCUCUUCCCUCACUUCCUCUUCUCUCACUUCCUCUUCUCUCACUUCUCUCACUUCCUCUUCUCUCACUUCUCUCACUUUCACUUCUCUCACUUCCUCUUCUCUCACUUCUCUCACUUCCUCUUCUCUCACUUCCACUUCUCUCACUUCCUCUUCUCUCACUUCCUCUUCUCUCACUCCCCCUUCUCUCACUUCCUCCUCUCUCACUUCCUCUUCUCUCACUUUCACUUCUCUCACUUCCUCUUCUCUCACUUCCUCUUCUCUUACUUCCUCUUCUCUUACUUCCUCUUCUCUCACUGGCGCUUCUCUUACUUCCACUUCUCUCACUUCCUCUUCUCUCACUUCCUUUUCUCUCACUUCUUUUCUCACUUUUAUUUCCUCUUCUCUCACUUCUUCACUCACUUCCUCUUCUCUCACUUUCACUUCUCUCACUUCCUCUUCUCUCACUUCUCUCACUUUCACUUCUUCUCUCACUUCCUCUUCUCUCACUUCUCUCACUUCCUCUUCCCUCACUUCCUCUUCUCUCACUUCCUCUUCUCUCACUUCUCUCACUUCCUCUUCUCUCACUUCUCUCACUUUCACUUCUCUCACUUCCUCUUCUCUCACUUCUCUCACUUCCUCUUCUCUCACUUCCACUUCUCUCACUUCCUCUUCUCUCACUUCCUCUUCUCUCACUCCCCCUUCUCUCACUUCCUCCUCUCUCACUUCCUCUUCUCUCACUUUCACUUCUCUCACUUCCUCUUCUCUCACUUCCUCUUCUCUUACUUCCUCUUCUCUUACUUCCUCUUCUCUCACUGGCUCUUCUCUUACUUCCACUUCUCUCACUUCCUUUUCUCUCACUUCUUUUCUCACUUUUAUUUCCUCUUCUCUCACUUCUUCACUCACUUCCUAUUCUCUCACUUUCACUUCUCUCACUUCCUCUUCUCUCACUUCUCUCACUUCCUCUUCUCUCACUUCCUCUUCUCCGUCUCUGUUCUGCAAUUUGACUAA